UUUACUGUAAACAACAGCGUGAUGGUUCGCACGAAGUUAGACAAUCGCGUUCGAGUCCUUAUUGAAAAUGGUGUAGCUUCUGGACAUAGAACGAUGUUUGUCAUUGUUGGUGAUAAAGGAAGAGAUCAGGUUGUUAUUCUGCAUCAUAUCCUGUCAAAAGCUACUGUUGCUGCACGUCCGACUGUUCUUUGGUGUUAUAAGAAAGAACUAGGGUUUUCCAGUCAUCGAAAGAAGCGCAUGAAAGAAAUAAAGAAAAAGAUGAAAGUUGGAAACUUUAAGGAGGAUCCGUUUGAUUUAUUUAUCUCGUCAACUCACAUCAGAUACUGUUACUAUUCGGAAACUCACAAAAUUUUGGGCAACACUUUCGGAAUGCUUGUGCUUCAGGACUUUGAAGCUUUGACACCUAAUUUACUCGCACGAACCAUCGAGACUAUAGAAGGCGGGGGCGUAAUUGUGUUCUUGUUAAAGACUGUGAGCUCGUUAAAACAGCUUUAUACCAUGACUAUGGAUGUGCACAAGAGGUACCGGACAGAUUCUCAUACCGAAAUUGUUGCUCGAUUUAAUGAACGCUUUAUUCUCUCCCUUACUAGUUGUCGGAAUUGUGCAGUCGUUGAUGAUAGGCUGAAUGUCCUACCUCUUUCUUCACAUGUCUCAAAAAUUGAACCUCUUUCGGCCGACGCAAAAAUUGGUUCGACCGCUGAAUCGGAGGAACUGACCGCAUUAAAAGAUUCUAUGGCAGAGGCAAAGCCCAUAGGAAUUCUUUUAAAGCAGUGUAGAACUGUGUGCCAAGCAAAGGCUUUACUGCGGCUGCUAGAUGUGAUAACGGAGCAAUCUUUACAAGCCACUUGCUCUAUCACAGCAGCAAGAGGCCGAGGCAAGUCGGCAGCUCUCGGUCUAGCUAUCGCGGGCGCUAUCGGUUUUGGUUAUUCCAACAUUUUUGUCACGAGUCCUGCCCCUGAAAAUUUAAAAACGUUGUUUGAAUUUAUCAUUAGAGGUUUGAAGGCUAUGGAUUAUGAAGAGCAUAUCGAUUUUGAACUUUUACAGUCAACUAAGCCAGAACUUCAGAAAGCACUGGUUAGAAUCAACGUGUUUAGAGGUCAAAGAACCCAGGUUGGAAGUCACAGGCAAACAGUACAGGUAGCAAAAUACAUCGAUGCGCGUGAUUCUGCAAAAUUGAGUCAGGCAGAGUUGGUUGUCAUAGACGAAGCAGCGGCGAUCCCGCUACCAAUAGUAAAAGAUCUAAUAUCAGGUCCGUAUCUUUCUUUUCUUUCUUCAACAAUAAACGGGUACGAAGGAACGGGAAGAUCACUUUCGUUAAAGUUAUUGCAGCAGCUGAGGGAGCAGGCAGCGGGCAUUAUUAAAAGCGAAAAAGGAGAAAAAAAUUUCGGCCUGAAAAGUCGCAAAUUAUUCGAAAUCAAGUUGGAGGAAAGUAUCAGAUAUAAACCUGGAGACCAAGUUGAGUCUUGGCUGAAUCGACUAUUAUGCCUCGAUGCCUCGAGCUCACACCGUUUAGUUAGUGGACUCCCACCACCCAGAGACUGUGAAUUGUUAUAUGUUAAUCGAGACACUUUAUUUUCUUUUCACAAGGCGUCUGAAGCUUUCUUACAUAGUUUGAUGUCGAUUUAUGUAUCUGCUCAUUAUAAGAAUACUCCCAAUGAUUUGCAAAUGCUUUCUGACGCUCCUGCACAUCAUCUUUUUGUUUUAAUAGGACCAAUCGAUGAAGCACAAGUGAAUUUGCCAGAAGUGUUAGUCGUGAUACAAGUCUGCAUUGAAGGGGCGUUAUCGUCGUCUAAGGUUUCCGAGAAUUCAGAGCGUGGUAGACGAGCGGCAGGUGACUUAGUCCCGUGGACUAUCAACCAGCAGUUCAUGGAUACCGAUUUCACUUCUCUAACUGGCGGUCGUAUCGUUCGGAUUGCUGUUCAUCCCGAUUUUCAGUCUAUGGGGUACGGUACACGGGCCUUACAGUUACUUCAAGAGUAUUACGAAGGAGCAACUCCAUGUCUUCUAGAAAAAGAGAAGUCUGAAGAUAUCACGAAAGCCAAAGUUGUGGAGAACCCUGAAAGCGUUGUGCUACUUGAAGAAGUUGUCGUUCCGAGAACAGAUUUACCCCCACUGUUACUCAGGUUGAAUGAAAGAAAGCCUGAGCCUCUUGACUAUCUGAAUGAUGAGGCACGUCAAGGAGAGGAUGUAGUACCAUGGUUGGGAGCAUACUUUGCUGAGUUUCGUCGGCGGUUGUUGCGACUGUUUGGUUACGAGUUCACAAAAUUCCCAGCAACUUUAGCGCUCAGUAUCCUAGAGUUAAAAAACGCUUUUGUGGCAUCCCAGAUUAAGCGGAACGUAAUUACUCGAGAGGAGCUCACCAUCUACUUGACUGAUAGCGACCUGAAAAGGCUUUCAAGUUAUGCAUCGAAUAUGGCCGAUUAUCGGCUUAUUACUGAUCUUCUUCCCAAUAUUGCACUGUUAUAUUUUGGUGGGCGUCUCAGUGAAGAGGUUAAACUUAAAAGUAUCGAAUGCGCAAUCCUUCUUGGUCUUGGACUUCAACAGAAAUCUGUAGAUGUAAUGGUUAAAGAACUGGACUUUCCAGCAAACCAGCUGUUGGCGUUAUUCAACAAGGUUAUUCGCCGCUUAUCGACUUAUUUCGACGGAAUUUGCAAGGAAGCUAUUAGGUCAAAACUUGAAACAGAGAUUUCCAAGAAGGAUGAUAACGAAGUUCACAGCCCCGAAAAGAUGCAACCAGUUACUGUGUCUUUGGAGGAAGAACUUGAGGAAGGCGCAAUGAAAGUGAAGGAGAAGCAGCGAAGAGAACGCCAUAUUUUGGAGGAAGAACUGGCCCGAAAUCUUGAGCAGUACAAGAUUAAAGGGACCGACGACGACUGGGAAAAUGCUUUAGCGAAUCUAGACUUGAGAACCGUGAAGAAGGGUUCAGGGCUGCUCUCUGUAAAAUCAAUAAGGUAUUGCUUUAAUCCAGUUUUUGAGUUUUAG